GUGAAGAGAAGGAAAGGCAGUUCUUCAGGGGAGGGAUCAUUAUCAUUCGAGGAUGUAGCUGUGGACUUCUCCAGGGAGGAGUGGCAGUUUUUGGACCCAUCUCAAAAGGUCCUAUACAAGGAAGUAAUGCUGGAGAACUACAGCAACCUAGUGUCAGUAGGGUAUCAAGGUACCAAACCAGAUUCAUUGUUCAAGUUGGAAGAAGGAAAACCCCCAUGGAUAGUAGAAGCAGCCCAUAGUCACACCUGUCCAGGUCUUGUUAUCCAGAAUAGAAGACAUGCAGGAAAGGAUUCUGAUGAAUUUGGUGGAUAUGGGAAGUCAUGUCUCCAUAUCAAGCAUGAUAAAACUCUUACUGGAAUUAAAUACCACAAAUGUGUUAAAUCCAGUAGCACUAAAUCACAGCUCAAUGACCACCAAAAAACUUAUACAGGAGAGAAACCACAUGAAUGCGGUGAGUGUGGGAAAGCCUUCUCCAAGAAAGCACAGCUCAUUAGACAUCAGAGAACUGAAAGAGGAGAGAAACCUCAUGGAUGCAAUGAAUGUGGGAAAACAUUCAUGAGGAAGAUUCAGCUCACUGAACAUCAGAGAACUCACACAGGAGAGAAACCCCAUGAAUGUAAUGAAUGUGGAAAAGCCUUCUCCAGAAAGUCACAGCUCAUGGUACAUCAAAGAACUCACACAGGAGAGAAACCCUAUGGAUGUAACGAAUGUGGAAAAGCCUUCAGCCGGAAGUGCCGGCUCAAUAGACAUCAGCGAUCUCAUACUGGAGAGAAACUCUAUGGAUGCAGUGUGUGUGGGAAGGCCUUUUCUCAGAAGGCAUACCUCAUUGCACACCAGAGACUUCACACAGGAGAGAAGCCUUAUGAAUGCAGUGAAUGUGGAAGUACCUUCUAUUUUAAGUCAGACCUGACCAAACAUCAGAGAAUUCAUACAGGAGAGAAACCUUAUGAAUGUAGUGAAUGUGCAAAAGCCUUUAGAAGCAAGUCAAAGCUCAUUCAGCAUCAGCGAACUCAUACUGGAGAGAGACCAUAUUCAUGCAGUGAAUGUGGCAAAGCCUUUGCCCACAUGUCAGUCCUCAUUAAACAUAAGAAAACUCAUGCAAGAGAGAAAGCUGUAAAUUCACUGAAGGCGGAGAAACCUUCACCAGGGAGUCAUACCUCUUUGUAUAUGAGUGAGCUCACACAAGAACAAAACCUUGUGAACCCAAUACCUGCAGGAACACCUUCCUCAGGAACCCAGCCCUUAUUAAACAUCAGGGAGUUCUUAGGGGCUAGAAACGUGGUGAUUGUGGAACAAUCUUUCCCAAGAAAUCAAGCCUUACUAGUUAAUCAGGAAUUUGAACAGGGACUAAGCUUUGCAAAUGAGGUGAAUGUGACACCUUUGGUAAUAAAUUAUGUCUUAUAUGUUCCAGAUAUUGUAUAA